AUGAGCGCCGCAGACACUGCUCUCCUCACGGAGCAUUUGACAUACAGACCAAUUGCCGUCAUCGACGACAUAAUAAACAGUAUCAAUCUCCUCGCAUUCCGAGCCAUCGAUGCGCUCGAAAAAGGUCUCUUCGCUGCUCCCCCCUCUUCAAUCGGCUUUACACCCACUUCUGCCCUCUCCGCCGAAGAAGUCGCAACACAAUGUCAACACGAAAUCGAGAACGGAGUCUACAAGCUGGAAACAUUGCUCAACGCGAAGAUUGAUAAGAAUUUCGAUAAGAUGGAAAUUUAUUUGCUGAGGAACGUUUUUGCUGUGCCGCCGGAUGUCAGGGAUUGGAUUCGAUUGAGCCAUUAUGAAGGAUUGGAUUUCAGGAGUGCGGAGGAAAAUGGAGCAGGAGCGGAUGGAGUGCCCACGUCGGAAACGGUCACGUUGCAGAGGAAGAGAUUGAGGGAGACGAUGAAAUUGAAUGCGGUGUUGAGGGCAGAGAAGGAGAGAAAUGAAAGGACUAUUGCGGCGUUGAAAGGAAUCAUAUCGCCAAGUCAAAGUUCUUCGGCUAAGAAAACUGUGAAGGCCGAGGAUGGCACGGAGAUGGAAGUCGAUGUUGAGGAUGAUGAGCGACCUUCAUUGGCAUUCUUGCAGAAAAAGGGUAAUUUGACGAAGGAUGGAAAACAUCCUAUUGCGACUACCACCGAAUUCGCCUUGGCGCAAUUGCCUGCGCUCAAGCAGUUACUGGAUAAUUUAGGACCAAGAUUGAAAGAGUUAUCCGAAGGCGAUGGCAUGGCUGGAAUGGUGGGAGAGCAAGAGAAGAGUUGGAGAAGAGAAAGACUGGAAUUCAUUGAAAAGGAAACGAGACGACAUCUUGAAAACGUGCGAGGCUUGGAGCUAGGUUCACAAGGUGAAGUUAGAGAUGGAGAGUGGCAGGGCGAGGGAAGGAAACUCGGGAAUGGAGAAGUGGAGGAUUUGGAAACGGUUGUAGGGAUGUUUGAGAGUCACGCUGCGCCACCUGAGGAUGUAAACGGAAAUGGAGACGGAAAUGGAAGUGGAAGUGGAGGCGGAAAUGGAGAGGGAGAUGGAGAUGCGAUGGAUGAGGGAGCGUAA